GUGGCGUGCCGGUUUGCUAUUGAUCCUGACUGCUCAGAUACAGACUGAAGGGAAGCUUGACAGCGAGGAAGAUACGGGGGAAUCAGGAAGCCCUUGUUUACCGGCAUAGAAAUGAAACUUAACAAUUUCAUGCAUUAUUCUAUCUGCCUACGAAAGUCCCAUCAAAAAGUUGACCAGGAUCUUCUUGGUGGGAAAUACAACAUCACAAGGAAUCAUACUUGGUUAAAAGAAGAAAUAGAAGACCAAAUCGAUCACAGUGCAGAACACAUAGGAGCUGCAGUCACACAAGUGGUCAGGCAUCCAUACGCCGCUGCCCUGCUCAAGAAUGAUACCUAUGUAUGCAGUGCUAUCAUACUCAAUACCUACUGGAUGUUAACUCUAUCUAAAUGCUUUGAAUCGAACGUCAUAUCGUCGUACGUAACUCACAGAUACCUCGGCAAUUACACAAUUCGAGCUGGCAGCUCUUACAAUAACAAAGGGGGCGCAAUCUCAAAGAUAAAAAUGCUCAUAAACAAUUUCGAUUUGAAAGUGUCAGCGGUUAAAUUACAAGAGCCAUUAAAAUUUACUUCUCAAAUCCAAUCAGUGCUCUUACCUACCCCAGAUGAGGAUGUUUCUUUGGGUUACCUCGCUUCUAUGAUUGCUUGGACACCUACCGGGCAUAUUAGGUUGGUAAAUGCACCCGUCAUUGACUCGUCUAUCUGCGAGCCAUCGACUAAGCUACUACCGGGGCGAUACGUGUGUUUGGCUGGCGUGCAGGACCCUAAUCGACAUUUUUGUAGAAAGGACAACGGCGGAGCAGUCAUCCAAAACAACACAUUGAUAGGCAUUUCAUCUUUCUUACACACUUGUGCCCUCUAUACAAAAACACAUGCGUUCCCAAAAGUAUCCAGUUUUUCACGAUGGCUGGACAGCGUUAUAUGGGAUGAAAACAAUCGCCCGACGACGACUAUUACGACACCUAGUAGUACAGUAACUACUCAAAGCACUCCUUUAAAUACAACGGAAUCUGCCGACAGCAAUACGUAUGUCGAUCCAAGAAAAUAUAUGCUUACUCUACCUUUCGAACCUAUAAAUGUUCCGCUUGAGCCAGCAGAAGACAAUUCCGUGAUUCCACGUAUGAGCUUAUAUGAAUCCUAUCUUCAGAAUUUGGCGAAAGCAAAGACGACCACGACAACUGAUGCGAAUGAAAAAGAUGAAAAGAAAGAAUGGUUCGAAAAAUACGCAAAACCAAUUUUAAUCAUGCAACCUCAAGUACUAAAAAAGAAAUACGAUAACUAUGACUAUUAAUAAAUACGACUGAUAAACCAUAAAAUACAUUAUAUUUAUUUAUAUUAAAAAAGAUAAAACUAAA